AUGGAGCGAUUCCUUGCAACUGUGUUCUCUAAAACAUAUGAGUUUCGAAGGAACUGGUUUAUACUUCUUCUUGGGCAAGUAGCUGUGGGUAUAUUCAUUUUUCUUCAUAUUCAUGUUUACCGUCUAGGUGGUACGAUAGUUGACAUGGUUCAGCUUGGUCUUUCGUUUGUGAUACUCACGUGUCUUGUUGUUCUUCUUGUGGUGAACCGUCGUCUGCAUCUGUCAACUAGAGGGAGAAGAUCGCUUUCAAAUCGCUACCAGAUCUCGGAGAACGUCAGAGCACUGAGACUAGUCGCUCCUGUGGUUCUCCUUGAUGCAGGCGUCACCAUAGCCGAUAUGACCGGCACGCUUUUCUUCGACGUCCAACCUGCGUUUGAUCGUGGAAACUACGAAUCCGGAUCAAAUAGAUAUCUAGUAGCUUAUAUAUUGUUGCGUGGA